AUGGCUCGCAGGAGUCCUCGACUGGUGGAAUUGGGGUAUUACGAUGUGGAUGGCAGCCCCCGCAUCUCUUACUCAGAUAACAUUCGCAGGAGUUCCAACAUCUCCACAAAUAUGCGGCGCCACAGCUACCCACUGGAGGCGAGGAAGGCCGCACAUGUCAUCCAUGUGUCUGGGCCUGCAGUUCAGCCUAGGUCCUGGUUCAGCUUGGCCUGGGUCAUAGUCCAGCUUCUUCUUGCUGGCCUUGUUGUGUCCUGGGUGACGAUGAAGUUGGCUACUUAUGGUGAUGUUCAGCAGCUGCAGGAGGAGGUAAAAUAUUUGCGGCAGCUGGAGGAGGACAUCAAUCAUUUGCAUCAGCAGCUUGCCCAUCACAAGGCAAUAGUGAAGGCUCCUUUGGCCAACUUUGCAUUGGAGGCUCAUGGGGCUCAGGUGAUGACUGCUCUGACUUCCAAGACUCACGAGCAGAUAAAUGGCCCGUCUUGGCUCAAAGUUCUCGGUCCAGACACCGUGAUCAAAGGUCAUAAUUACCCUUUGAUUCCUGGACAGUGCUGGGCAUUCACAGGUCAGACUGGGAGGCUUUCCAUAGUUCUACCCCUGGAGAGCCACAUCACCCAAGUAACUGUAGGACACAUUCUGAGGGAGCAGUCUCUUACAGGAACAAUUCAGUCGGCUCCAAAGUUUUUCUCUGUGUACGGACUGAAGGACUUUGGACCAACAGAGGUAAGACUUGGAACGUUUCUCUAUGACGCAGAUGGGGACUCGUUCCAAACAUUUGAGAUCCUGGAGCAACACAAGGGUGAGACUUUCCGGUCUGUGAGGUUGGAGAUUCACAAUAACCAUGGGCACGAUGCAUUCACCUGUACAGCUUCAGAGUACAUGGGGGAAUCCCUGAUUCCAGCACCAAAACGUCUACCGAGUCAGCAUACAGCUGGUUUGGGAUUGCAAACCGCCUCUACCAAACAGCUAAGGCAUUGUAUUAUCUCAUAA